AGUUAAAUUAACUUUUGAAAAUAAUGGUAGAUUCACAAGGAAUAACAACUUAAUUAGUGUACCUACGUUUAUCUUUCUUAUCAUUUCGUAAACAUUAAUAUAUUUUUACACAUUAUUUAAACAAGUUGUCUAGAAGCGACAAGUAAAAUGUUGAGUGUAUUUAAAAAAAUCUGUCUAAUAUCAGCAAAACCAAAAACACACACUUUUGAAAUAAUAAGAAGUGCAUCACAAAUACCGCAACUUUCUUCUGAAAAGUAUGGUAAUGUGAAGAGAAAAGAUUUUUCUGCUGUGCAAGCAAACGACGUGAAGUUUUUUAGAUCAUGCCUUGGAGAAGAUAGAGUUCUUACUGAUGAAAAUGAAGUUCUGCCUUUCAACAUUGAUUGGGCUAAAAAUUGUAGAGGUCAAUCUAAAGUGGUUUUGAAACCGAAAUCAACCCAAGAAGUUUCAAAGAUACUUUCGUAUUGUAAUGAAAGACGACUAGCUGUUUGUCCUCAAGGCGGUAACACGGGCGUCGCUGGUGGUUCUGUCCCGGUGUUUGACGAAAUUAUAUUGAACAUGACGUUAAUGAACAAAGUUAUAAGCUUCGACGAUAUAUCAGGUGCAUUAGUUUGCGAAACAGGUUGCAUAUUAGAGAAUUUAGAUACUUAUGUUCGCCAACACGGCUUAAUCAUGCCGUUGGACUUGGGAGCAAAAGGCUCAUGCCAUAUCGGUGGCAACGUCAGCACCAAUGCAGGAGGUCUACGUCUUCUGCGAUAUGGAAAUUUGCACGGGUCUGUGCUUGGAAUUGAAGCUGUAAGAGCCGAUGGAACUGUAAUAGAUUGUUUAAAAACUUUGAAGAAAGACAACACUGGGUACCAUCUCAAACACCUGUUUAUAGGCUCAGAAGGGACUUUAGGCGUUAUAACAAAAGUGGCCAUACAUUGCCCGGCUAAGUCUGAGUCUGUAACACUUUGCUAUUUUGGGGUACAAAAUUUCGAAAACGUUCUUCAGCUGUACAAGAGCGCUAAAUUAUCAUUAGGGGAAAUUAUGUCGGCCUUUGAAAUGGCCGAUUUCGAAUCAAUCAACAGCACAUCGAAGAUCCUCAAUUUACCAAAUCCGAUCCCAGACUUUCCGUUCUACGUUAUUCUGGAAACGCACGGUAGCGACGAAAACCACGACAAAGAGAAAGUAAACAGAUUCCUCACCAAUGAAAUGAAAAAUGGUUUAAUUCUGGAUGGAACUGUUGUUUCAGAGCCUUCAAAGAUGCAGGCAAUCUGGAACAUCCGAGAAAAUAUAGCACCAGCUGGCAAUAUUGACACAUAUCUCUUUACAUACGAUGUGUCUUUGCCGAUAAAUCACUAUUACGAGAUAAUACCAAAAUUACGGAAAAGACUCGGGGAUAAGGUCAAUUUUGUCUGUGGUUUUGGUCAUAUUGGUGAUGGCAACCUUCACAUUAACGUAGUGUUGCCCGAAUACAACGAAGAAGUAGCCGCGCUUCUAGAGCCCUACGUGUACGAGCAGGUGGCGGCGCUGCAGGGCUCCAUCAGCGCCGAACACGGCAUUGGCUUCCGCAAGUCGCACUACAUUCACUACAGCAAGGAUGAAUCCGCGCUGCGCCUCAUGAGGGACCUAAAGACGCUCAUGGACCCCAACGGAAUCCUCAAUCCAUAUAAAGUCUUGCCAGAUGAAUAAAAUAAUGCAUUUUUUGUUUCAAGUAUGUCUGGUUCUCUUCUGUAUGGAUAGCAAUAAACGCGAUUUGUAUAAAAAAAAAUACCGAUGAUGAUGGUGAUUAAAUUAGACAGUAAAUUAAUAAAUCUUUAUUUUACAAAAGUAGGUAUUGCUUAUUUCCAUGAAAUCUCUGAC